AUUUAGCCAAGGAAGGUUGGAAUACAACUAUUCAAUUUAGGAAGAAAGGGGCAGGCGCGGUCUCGCACUGACUCACUAAAUCUGUUUAGAUUUCGUCUCUCGAAGGGAAAUCUGGAGCGGAAGAAAAGGCAAAAAAAAAAACGUUAAAAAAUGACCAAAAGGAAGUUCUUCAGGACCCGUUCGCAGAAGCAAGCCAAAGGGCAGCAGCAGCAAAAUCCUACAAUGGUGGAAGACGAAAAGGAGCAACCAUCUGAGCCACCACUGCAGGACCAAAACGCAGAAGAUCAAGACCUUAAUUCGAUGGACGAAGACUCGCAUUCUCAGCAACCUCAAGAUCAAGCCUCGGAAGAAGAUCAAGACCCUAAAUUGGUAGACCUCAGAAGGACCCGUUCAAAGAAGCAAGCCAAAGACCAGAAGCAGCAAAACCCUAAAAUGGUGGAAGACGAACAGGAUCAAGCGUCUGAGCUACCACAGCAGGACCGAAACGCAGAAGUUCUAAACCCUAAAUCGAUGGAAGGAGACCAGCCAUCUCAGAGGCCUAGAGAUCAUAGCAUUGAAGAAGAUCAAGACUUUAAAUUGGUGCAGCUCAGAAGGACCCGUUCACAGAAGCAAGGGAAAGACCAGAAGCAGCAAAACCCUAAAAUGGUGGAAGACGAACAAGAACAACCAUCUGAGCCACCGCAGGAGGUUCAAAACCCUAAAUCGAUGGAAGAAGAUCCGCCAUCUCAGAAAUCUCAAGACCAAAACCCGGAAGAUGAUCAAGACCCUAAAUUGGUGGAGGAUGAAGAUCAAAUUCCUAAAUUGGUGCUGGUGGAAGAAGAACUGCAACCGCAGGAUCAGGGUCAUGAUGGGGAUGGAAAUGGAACUCGUGACCUAGAAAACCAGCCUCGGGAAGCUCAGUCGCCGAAAGAAAUUCAUGAUCUAGAGAACCAGCCGGAGGAAGCUACAGCUCAUCCAGAAGUAGAAAAAGUAGACGAAGAAGAGCUACAACCGCUGCAACCACAGCAUGAACAAGAACAAGAGCGAGAAGAAGAGGAACAUCAACAACACCAGCAGCGAGAGGAAGAAGAAGGACCAGAACCAGAUGGUAUGGCCCUUUCUCCUACGCUCCCUCCUCCUCCUCCUCCUGUGCACGAAAUCACCUUUCCCGACAUAAUCCCAGGCAAUACCCUUCACAAUGCUCUGAACGUAUGUCGGAAAGGUCCGAAGAGGAAAAAAACCCUCAACCAGCGACAGCGUGCUGCCCUUGAGAAGAAACUUCAGGCUGUUAAGGAAAAGCUGCAACCUAUCCCUUUCAUUCCCAGUAAAACCCUAGAUUUCUCCAAGCACGAAAAGCUUCUGAAGCGCCUAGGGUUGUGGGAUUUUGCACACCUCGAGUUUGAUCGGGAGAUCCGAAAAGACCUUCUAACUCAGUUAAUCGUCACUUACAACCCUCAAUCGCGUUGCAGUUACGUGAACGACUUCCGGAUCAUGGUCAAUCGAACCGAUCUCGGUCGAGCACUGAAGCUUACCCCCAAGAAAGAUAAGAGUAGUCAGUUGGAAGCUGCGGAUUCUGAUCUGGAGAAGUUACAUGGAGAUUCAGUUGCAUUUGUGGAGGAUUUUGUGUCGACUUGGUUUUUCCUCCAUGAAGAUACUUGGAUAUUGCCGAAUGAGAUUGUGGCGUGGACUAAGCUUAUCAGAGAUGGGCAUCCGGAAAAGGUCGAUUGGCCUCGAUUGAUCUGGUUUAUGGUAGAGAAGGAACUCACGCAGUCAUCGCAAUUGGGCUCUUGUUAUUACGCUUCACACUUGCAAUGCUUGAUGAAGGCUCAACAUGCUGUUCUGUUUGAAGAACCUAUAACAGAGGUUUAUAAUAUCGAGGAAGAAGAUGCUGUUGACAUUAAGGAGACUAUUCUGGCGGACUUCCAGGGACAGGACAUGGAGUCGCAGCAGAUCGAAUUGAGUCUGGGACAAGUCAAAACUGACUGUGAGCAGGUUAAAGAUGAGGAUGAUGUUAUAGACCUCCAGGGACAGGAAAUGGAGUCGCAGCAGAUCGAAUUGAGUCUGGGACAUGUCAAAACUCACUGCGAGCAGGUUAAAGAUGAGGACAAUGUUAUGGACUUCCAGGAUUGUAAGGAUGAUGAACCUAGUCUUUUGCGGCUGGGAGAAGUAAAUACUGAUUGUGAGCAGGUUAAAGAUGAGGACGUUGUUAUGGACUUCAAGGAUUGUCAGGAUGAAGAACCUAAUCUUUUGCAGCCGGGACAAGUAAAAACUUACUGUGAGCAGGUUAAAGAUGAGGACGAUGUUAUGGACUUCCAGGAUUGUAAGGAUGAUGAGCCUAGUCUUUUGCAGCUGGAUGGUAGGAACCAUGUUGGUGAGCAUUUCUUGCAACGCUGUAAUCAAAAUGAGUUAUGUGGUUUUGAGAGAGGACAUGAAAGGAAAGAAGAAGAAAAAGAAGAACAAGAAGAAGAAGAGGAAGAAGAAGAAGAUGAUGAAGAAGAAGAAGAAGAAAGAAAUGAUCUUUUGUCAAAACCUGCUACUCUGGAGCGGUUAUCCUCAAGCGACCUUUUUCAAGCAAUGGGGGCUGCAAACCUUCCGUAUAAUAUGCCUGCUCACCUUUUUAGUCACCCUUCUGGGGAACUUCUGACUCCAAGGUUGGACAAUAUUAAUUCAGCUGGUCCAUCUAUGUUCCGCAAUGGGUGCAAGAGAGAGCUAGAUCAUGACGUUCAUUUCAAUCAUCACUCUUUCAAUGAUCACAAAAGGAUGAGAAGUGAUGGCCCAUGGGAGGAGCACAAGGCAUCAGACUUUGAUUUUUGCAUGGAACAAGUGCAAAGUUGGAUUGGCAAAGCUAGAAUGAUGCAUGGUGCAAAAGAUCAAGAGAUUAUGAAUGCUCAUUUACAACAACAGGCCUUAAUGUCUGAGUUGCAGCAGCGGGCUAAUAUCAUUGAAGCUUUGCAAAGAUCAAAGGCUGAAGAGGAGCAGAAAAGACAGCUGGAGAUUUACAGAUAUGAGCAUGAACUAUAUGUCAUGAGCAAUUUGUUAAAUGGUUAUAAGAAGGCUUUGAAGGAAACUCGCCGGUCAUUCACUGAAUACAGAGAACGUUAUCCACAGCCUGAUGAGCCACUUUACAAGGAUGUUGCAGGGACUGGUGGUUUUGUUCUUAGCUCGAAGGAACUGGAUAAACAAAAGGAGGAGCGGGAGGAAGAACUUAGGGUUAAACGCAUCAUGUUUGAAGAACAGAUCAGAGACUUCGAGCAAAGCUGGUUAGGGAAGUUUGAAUUGCAUCUAAAAAAGGUAAAUUUACUGGGUAGUAGGCUAUUUGAUUUGGAGAAUGGAACAAAACUCCUUAAAGAAUCUCUUGCAAAGCAUGAAGUUUCAGAAACUUGAACAUUCCUUGCAGUCAGUAACAGCUGUUUGUACCUAAUCUUUUUUUUGAGAUUUUUGAAAUCUAGUGACAGUAGCAGUAGCAACUACAGCUGUGUUAGUUAUCAUACUUUGGUAGCUUUCUCUUUUUGUUAUGAUGAUGCCAAUUUAGUCUUUAUGCAGUGAUUAGAAGUGAUUGUGACAAUUGCUACAAAAAAAACUGUUUUCUUAUGACCA